GUGCAUUUUAAAUAACGAUUAAAAUGGAUAUCCGAGGUGCUGUCGAUGCUGCUGUCCCAACAAACAUCAUUGCUGCCAAAGCUGCUGAAGUUAGGGCAAAUAAAGUCAAUUGGCAGUCAUAUCUUCAAGGGCAGAUGAUUUCUGGUGAAGACUGUGAAUUUAUUCAAAGAUUUGAACAGAAAAGAAAUCCAGAAGAAAAACAAGAGCUGUUGCAAGCAGAAGGCAAUCAAUGUGCUAAAACAUUUAUAAACUUGAUGACUCAUAUCUCCAAGGAACAGACAGUUCAGUACAUUCUGACUAUGGUUGAUGAUAUGCUGCAAGAAAAUCAUCAACGUGUUUGUAUUUUCUUUGAUUAUGCAAAGCGUGGUAAGAAUACUGCAUGGUCCUACUUUCUGCCAAUGCUGAAUCGCCAAGAUCUUUUCACUGUGCAUAUGGCAGCAAGAAUUAUUGCCAAAUUGGCUGCCUGGGGGAGAGAACUUAUGGAAGGAAGUGACUUGAAUUACUACUUCAACUGGAUUAAAACACAGCUCAGUUCCCAGAAACUACGUGGUACGGCGGGUUCUGUGGAAGCAGGAGCAGUCUCCACGAGUGAUAGUUCCCAGUACGUACAGUGUGUUGCUGGAUGUCUGCAGCUGAUGCUCAGGGUCAAUGAAUAUCGCUUUGCGUGGGUAGAAGCAGAUGGGGUAAACUGUAUCAUGGGGGUCUUGAGCAACAAAUGUGGCUUCCAGCUGCAGUACCAGAUGAUUUUCUGUGUGUGGCUGCUGGCAUUUAGCCCUCAAAUGUGCGAAUAUCUCCGUCGAUAUAAUAUUGUUCCGGUGCUGUCAGAUAUUCUUCAGGAAUCGGUCAAGGAGAAAGUGACUAGAAUCAUCCUUGCAGCAUUUCGGAAUCUCUUAGAGAAAUCUACAGAGAGAGAAACUCGCCAGGAGUAUGCUCUUGCCAUGAUUCAAUGUAAAGUUUUAAAGCAGCUAGAGAAUUUGGAUCAGCAGAAAUACGAUGACGAAGACAUAAGUGAAGAUAUCAAAUUCCUACUGGAGAAGCUUGGGGAGAGCGUACAGGACCUUAGCUCAUUUGAUGAGUACAGUUCUGAGCUCAAGUCAGGAAGAUUGGAGUGGAGUCCUGUGCACAAGUCUGAGAAGUUUUGGCGUGAGAAUGCUGUAAGAUUAAAUGAGAAGAAUUAUGAGCUACUCAAAAUCCUGACAAAACUUCUGGAGGUUUCUGAUGACCCACAAGUGCUGGCUGUAGCUGCUCAUGAUGUGGGAGAGUAUGUGCGACACUACCCCAGAGGAAAACGAGUGAUUGAACAACUUGGUGGCAAACAGCUAGUGAUGAACCAUAUGCAUCAUGAAGACCAACAAGUUCGUUAUAAUGCACUACUGGCUGUGCAGAAGCUGAUGGUUCACAACUGGGAAUACCUUGGGAAGCAGUUGCAGUCGGAACAACCUCAAACGGCCACUGCACGGAGCUAAACACUUCAGUUGGUGCAUCACCGUUCUUAUUUCGUGCUUAUAACUGGAGUAUGUUUGUCUUUAAUAUCAGGAAAACACUUCAGUCACAACUGCUUCUAGUGUAUAAACUUUCCAGUUAUCCUUCAAUGUUGUUGGCUUAGUAAAACUUGUUUGUUUUCUGAUUAAUAUGUAUAUUAGCUUCCUGCUAUAUUCUGAAUGUAUCUGAGUAAAUGUGGCUUAUGUAUUGCUUUUGUUUUAUGUAUUUAUUCUCAUAAUAAAGAUUGUUAUUAACAGAUAUUAAUUCCAAAUCACAACCAGUCUAGAAAAAUUGUUCUGUUCUGUUUUAAUGUGUUAUCAGUUUUGUCACUCCUCCACCCCCUUAAAAACAAAAAAAAAAAAAAAGAAUUAAGUCCCUUUAUAUAUCUUCAGACAAACUCAUAAAGUUUUGACCUGAUGUUCUGUAAGAAAUAUAGUAGCCUGAGGAAAUGUUGGUUAUCAGUGUUGAAAUAUCUACCAAGCCUGAAAACAAUGUUAAUAUUGUAAAUAAAAGUGAAUAUGUGGGCUUUUGGGGGGCAGAGGGUGGUAUUUCUCUCCUUUUAUGGAAUAUGUUAAAAAAAACUGACAUAAAAGUAGAGGAGAAAAAUGGUGAACACUCAUCUAAAAAAAAGUAGUAAAGAUUAUUAGUGGAACUUUUUAACAUCUGUGUUAAGCCACUAGGCUGUAGCUGAUUUUUGGUAACAAAUGUUCUGUAACUGUUGAACCCUGAACUUCAUGGAGGUUUUGUUGAGUAUAGGAAAUAGUAGGGUUCUGGUGUCAUUCUAAAACCUGUGUAUUUCACUAACAUUAAUCCAAAUUCUUUGGCUGUUACAAUCUUUUCUGCAUUUCGUAGCAUCUGCUGGUAAAGAAAACGUAAACACCUACAAAUGAAAGAUGAUGUUGGAUUGGCAUGUGAAAACAGUCUUGUUGCAUGUGCAGGAGCUUGUAGUGUUGCAAAUGCCUGCACUCGAGUUAAUAGUCUUGUGACUCAUUACAAUAAAAAGAGAUGAGAGAACAUCUGAGGAUGUUCUGAUAGCA